UGCACCAAAAACGCACCACGGCUACAGAGUAGAGCCUGAUCCAGACUGAACGCAGGAAAGCCCAGCCUUUAGGAGGUCAGCUCCGUGUUCAGCGUGAUCGUCUCGCGCUUCCUGUGCUCGUGCUCCCUCAGAUAAAGGCUGUUAUCGCCCCUCCUGCCCCCUCGGGACACCCACUGGGGGCAGCAGCAACAGCAGCGCUAGUUGGUGGCGGGGGGCAGCUCCUUUAAAGCACCUGUCUGUAAAGGAAAAGACGAAGCACCUGGCAGGCGGGCGGUCAGCGGCGCGCAUGCGCAGAGCGCAGACACGCUGCUUUAAUAGAGGAGCCGCGGCGCUCAGAGUGAGUGGCCUUCAGCGCAGCGCAGAGAGAAGGAGGAGAGAGAGAGAGAGACACUGAGACAGACACAGAGAGAGAGAGAGAGACACAGAGAGUCGGUCAGGGUCAGACAUGCCGCGCUCGUUCCUGGUGAAGAGUAAGAAGGCGCACAGCUACCACACACCGCGCAGUGUGGAGGAGGAGUACAGCAGACUGGAGGCACUCAUAGCGCACAUCUGCACAGACAGUAAGCUUGCUGAGGAGCCAGAGUGCUCCCCGGAUGGCCGGUCAGACCCUGCUGGAGCCUUUUCUCCGGACCCUGCUGAUCUGUGCUCCAGAUCUCCUCCUCUCAGCUGUGGAGGGAGUGUGUGUGACCGCUCCUCAGAUUAUGAGGACUACUGGCGCCCACCCUCACCCUCAGCAUCACCAGCAGACUCUGAGAAAUCUUUUUCUCCGUGUGGGGAUGAAACACGACCGUUUACUGUCCCCUUUGGCUCUUACCCAUGGAACUUCAGCCAUCACCAUCAUCACCCGCUGGAUCCAGAGCGGAGUUAUUACACUGAGAGGGUGGCUGAACCUCCUCUCUUCAGUGAGAGAGGAUCUGGGACAGGUGUUUAUGGCCACUACGAGUCCACUGCCAGCCUGUUUGAGCGGACCACGACGCCUGGGCUUUAUGUGGACAGGAAUGUUCGUGGAAAUGGACCUGAGAUGAAGUCUGACACAGCCACGCUGUGUAGUCGCCUAAUGCUGAAUGGAGCUUUCAAAUGCAUCAAGUGUAGCAAGGUCUUCUCCACACCACACGGCCUGGAGGUCCAUGUCCGGAGGUCCCACAGUGGAACGAGACCUUUCGCUUGUGACAUAUGCGGGAAGACCUUCGGCCAUGCGGUCAGCUUGGAACAGCACAGAGCUGUUCAUUCGCAGGAGAGGAGUUUUGAUUGUAAAAUCUGUGGGAAAAGCUUCAAACGAUCUUCCACCCUGUCCACACACCUCCUGAUCCACUCAGACACAAGGCCUUACCCAUGUCAGUACUGUGGCAAGAGGUUCCACCAGAAAUCGGACAUGAAGAAGCACACGUUCAUCCACACAGGGGAGAAGCCUCACAAGUGUCAGGUGUGUGGGAAAGCUUUCAGCCAGAGCUCUAAUCUGAUAACACACAGCCGCAAGCACACGGGCUUCAAGCCGUUCGCCUGCGAGCUGUGCGGGAAGGGCUUCCAGCGCAAGGUCGACCUGCGGAGGCACAAAGAAACCCAGCACGGACUGAAGUGAGGGGCAACAUCGACCCCACCCGUAUUCAGACAAACCCCGCCCCCCUGCGCUGCGAGUGGGUCGCGGUUCAGAUUCACGAACUGCAAAACUACUAAAGGGGAAACUACACUGUAAUGGUUCUAUAUAUAGACCUGUGAACACUGAAAGAACCAUUUGAAAGGGUUUCUUCUGGCCCUGCGAGUCAAAGAACCCCGUUUUACAGAGCUAAGAGUGUACUAGCCUAUCCUAACGCAAGGAAGGGGUACUAGUUGCCACUCGUAGCGUAGGGGGCGGGGCUUGUCUGAAUAUAGGUGGGAAGAAAGACGCCCUGUGAACUCCACCAAACACUGAAGGACGAUGGACAGUUUUGUCACUGUGCUGUAGAGUGAAGAACGGCCAGUUUACUGCAGGCUACAGACUUUUCUCUCAGUUCUGUGUGCUGUGUGUGGACUGUACAGGCAGCAGCCC